GGACAAAUGAUCCAUUUCCGCUGAAAUUUCGUGGAAUAGAGAUUUUGAAAGAGUGAAAUCUUCUACAGACUAAACUAACACACAUCUCCGGUCCAAAAUUUCUCUGGUUUCAACUUUUAAGUAGCUCUUAAAUCCUGUUGCGCGAGACGAGCUGUGCCGUGUCCGACUAUUCCAAGCAACAUUCUCGAAGCACAUUCCCUUAUAAACAACGUAUACCCAGUCUAGACUUUUUCUUACAUUUCAUAUGAAAUCAUUCAUUAACUAUCCUUUUAAAUGUAUUCAAAGUUCAAACUUGUUUGACUGCUUCAUUCGGCUGAAUUUUAGAUAAGAUUUUGGACAGUCGAGAAAAAUCAAACCGUUGAGAUUAGCUCCCCUGAUUAUUUAAUUGUGUAGUUAACUUGCACUUAACUAACCAUUUUGGAAAGUCUACUCUGGCUCUUCAAAACCAAUCAUUGAUAUUAAAGCAGCCAAGUCUUCUUCAACUCUGAUCGUUAUUAUAACCGUAAUUUUCCAUUUCCCUCUUCUGCAAAAUCAUUCACCACAACAAACCUUCAAAAUUUUCUAGUUCUCAGGCCACUAAAUAGAAAAGCACCCUAUUUCCCCGGCCAUAAAACUUUUAUUGCAUCUUAAAUAUGUAUAGAAGCUUCGAUGCAGAUGAAAAUAGGUUAGAGGAUUUAUUUGAGACUGCGGUGAAGGAAAUGGAUUUUGGAGGAAUUUAUGCUCUCGGGAUCACGAAUUGUCUCAUCAACCGAGUAUACAAACUUGGUCCGGCUGAAAUCUAUAUUGAAGUAAUUGCACCUUUUGCGUGGAAGAAGCAUGAACAAGUUCUCUUUGAAGAUGUCAACAAGUUGCAAUAUUUGGACUUAGAGUUGGGCAAUAGCUGCAGGAAAUUGGUGGAGAACCCAACCAUUAAUGGUUUGGAGGUCUAUGUUAACGUAACUCAGAAUAACUCUCCAAAAACAAGAUUUUGGACAUUCAAAGAGCAUUUUUAUCCACCCCAGGGAUCCUAUGAAAAUUACUUUUCUUUGGAAAAGAUAAUAGCACUCCGCUAGAAGUUGUAUCGUUGUUUACGUUCGUGGUAGUGGAUGUCUUUGGAUUUCAGCGUGGGGUGUCUAGGGAUUUUACCUUUGUAUAUAUUUUCUUUCUUAUUAAUGAACAUUCAGAAUUUAAAGGCCA